CGAUCCAUGAUGUCGGACGCACCGGAGGAGCUGCCACUCUACCUGACCCCGCAGUUCUUCAGGCGCACCCUGGAGCACGGACUGCAGCGGCUGGAUUUGCAGGUCAUGGGGGUGCAGCUGACCAAUCUGACCCGUGGCGGGGAGAACUACUGCAGCAACAUCUACCGGGCGCAGGUCAGGUAUCGCAAUGCCGAGAACUGUGUCCUGGAGACGUCCCUUAUCGUCAAGUCCAUGCCGGACGAGAAGCAGGCCAUCCUGGCCCGUCUGCACAUCUACAACAAGGAGACCAUCUUCUACUUGAACAUCAAACCGAAGCUGGAGGCACUCAUGUGGCGGGCGGAUGAGGCCACCCAUCCCUGGUCACUGGCUGCCAAGCACUACUACUCCACUACCCAGCCAGAGCAGACCAUCAUCUUCGAGGACCUGUGCUCCAAGGGCUACCAGCUGAAGUGUCGUCAGCUGGGCCUAGACUUCGAGCACUCCUCCCUGGUGAUGAGGAAGCUGGCCGAGUACCAUGCCCUCACCAUGGUGAUGGCUGAACAGGAGCCGGAGACGAUCGUGGAACGCUAUCCCUUCGGCCUACUGCACAUGGACGCCAUCAAGUCGGAGCCCUUCAAGCUGCUCUUCGGGACCCAGCUCCUCAAGCUGGCCGCCCUGGUGGGCGACUGCGAAGGAUUCGGUGGGAUCACCACGAAGCUCUACCGCUACCACGAGCACUUCAUCGAUCGGGUCCUGAAGGCGGUGUAUCCCCUGCGUGGAGGCCACAAUGUCCUCAAUCACGGUGACCUUUGGGUGAACAAUAUAUUCUUCAAGUACGACUCGGAGUACAAGGUGCAGCAGGUGAAAAUCAUUGACUUCCAGCUGUGCUUCUACGGCAGCCUGGGCUUCGACAUAAACUACUUCCUGAACACCAGUCUGGAGCUGGAGGUGCUACGUGACCAUCGGCAGGAGCUAAUCGACAUAUACCACAAGGUCCUGGUGGACACCCUGAAGCACCUGCCCUGGUCGAAGCCACUGCCCAGCCAUGGGGACAUCAUGGAUGAGAUCAGGAAACGCGAGGCCUACGGUUUCUUUGUGGCCUUUGGCUUCUUUCCCCUGAUGAGCAUGAUCGGAGUGGAUUCCGAGGACAACUCGCUGAAGAACUUCCACGACGAGACCUUUGCCAGGCAGAAGGUCCAGCUCAUGUUCGAGGGAAACACCCGCACCCUGGAGAGCUUGAAGUGCACCCUGAAGCGCCUGGAUGAGUUGAAACUGUUUGACUAGACAGUAAUAGAUCGUAAUCCUUUUUUUUUAUAACUCCAAAGAACGCCUGGU